AUGGCGCAGGUCGCAGCCAACGGCGACCGGUCGCUCAGCAUCACGGGCAACCCCAAAGACAACGUCAAGACAGCGUACACGUUGUGGGACGCCGACGCGGGCUUCCAGUGCGUGUGCGACCCGGGGUUUGAAGGACCGGACUGCAGCAAGCGCAGCUGCAAGGUGGGCGUGGACCCGUUGUAUGAAGCCGCGGGCUACCCGAUCUACGAGACCUUCAACAUCAUUGCGAUGGCCACGCUGGCAGCAGCUGAUCCCGAUACGCUCGACGCGACCAAGUCGUGGAUCCAGCUGCGCGUGUUCGACCAUGAGGGCGAGUCGUACUUAACGCCUCGGAUUCCGGUCUCGAGUGACACGGCGAACGUGGGUGGAACCACAUUCACGAAAGCGUUCCAGGCGUUGCCCAACAAGGUCAUUAGUAGCAUCUCGUGCACCUCGAAGGUCGUCGAUGUGGCCCCGACCGACAUCACUGCCGAAGACGGUUUCUACGUGACGUGCCAAUACACCGAUAACCCGGGCCCGCAUCGCUUGCCCGAGGUUGUCGCGUCGGCGUUUGUGGACAAUAGCGGUGUCACCCGUACUACGUUCCGCACUUAUGUGACAGCUGACAUUCGCCGCGGCGAAGCCAUCGACUUUUGCGCGACGGCUUCUGCCGCCUACUAUGCCUCUGGGGCGGACUUGACGACGAUUGUGGUCACGGGCACCACGGCCGCUAUCCCAAACGCACAGACUCUUAUCAAAAUCAAGGACCAGCUCUUGAUUGCGCUCGCCGUGCCGACGACUACGACGCUGACGACCGCGUGGGCACUGCCGACAGCGACGGCAUCGGCGAUCUCGGCCGGAGCGACGGUGUAUUACGCGUCGGGCGUCACGGUCGCCGCCGACGCGUGCCAGAUCAGCUCCUGGACCGUCGGCUCCGACUCGUUCUCGUGCGAUGAUCCCACUGCGAUUCCCACUGUCGUUGUCGGGAGCAAGAUCAUGUUCGAAAACGCCAUCUACUACGUCCGGUCCAUCACGCCAAAGAUAGCGGCGGUGGCAGCGGUGGCUGCCGGUGUAGCCCCGGCGUACAGAGAAGCCGCGCCAGCGAUAGUGGCCGCACCGGCAGUUAUUACGGUCGACCGCAAGUUUGGUGGCAGGUCCUCAAUCGGGGGGGAUGUGUCUGCCUUGGAUUCGUUUUACAUCCUCACGACACCGACGGUGCCGGCGCCGGGCACGUACACGUACGUCUCGCAGUGCUCGGGCCGCGGUCUCUGCGACUUUGCCACCGGCCUUUGCCAGUGCUUCAAGGGCUACACCAACGACAACUGCGACACGCAAAACAUCCUCGCGUUCUAAGCCGAAUCCUGGGCGAAAAUACAGUGUAUACCGUGUACAGAA